AUGAAGUUCUUUAUCGAUGACCUGCCGGUUCUCUUUCCCUACCCUCGCAUAUAUCCUGAGCAAUAUGCCUACAUGUGCGACAUCAAGCGAACGCUCGACGCGGGCGGGCAUUGUGUUCUCGAAAUGCCUUCAGGCACGGGGAAAACAGUCUCAUUGCUGUCUCUCAUCGUGGCAUAUCAACAACACUACCCCGAACAUCGGAAGCUCAUAUACUGCUCCCGUACCAUGUCGGAAAUCGAGAAGGCACUUGCAGAAUUGAAGGCUCUAAUGAAAUACCGCUCCGAACAACUUGGCUAUGUCGAGGACUUCCGAGGUCUAGGCCUGACCAGUCGUAAGAACUUGUGCCUCCAUCCCUCCGUCAAAAGGGAGAAGAGUGGCGCUGUAGUCGAUGCUCGAUGCCGCAGUCUCACGGCUGGCUUCGUGAAGGAGAAGAAGGAGAGAGGAGAAGAUGUCGAACUCUGUAUCUAUCAUGAGAAUCUCGAUCUCCUCGAGCCUCACAACCUCCUGCCUCCAGGCGUGUUCACACUGGAUGAUCUCCUUAAAUACGGUGAGGACCACAAGCAAUGCCCUUAUUUCUCCUCCAGAAGAAUGAUGUCGUUUUGCAAUGUCAUAAUCUACUCCUAUCACUACCUGCUCGAUCCCAAAAUCGCAGAACGUGUCUCGAAAGAGCUCUCAAAAGACUGCAUCGUCGUCUUCGACGAAGCUCACAAUAUUGACAAUGUCUGCAUCGAGUCUCUGUCCAUCGAUCUCACGGAGGAUUCACUGAGAAAAGCCACACGGGGCGCCAACAACCUGGAGCGGAAGAUUGAGGAGAUGAAAGCUUCUGACGAGGAGAAACUCCAGAGCGAGUAUCAAAAACUUGUGGAAGGUCUUCGAGAAGCCGAUGAAGCCAGAGCUGAGGACGCUUUUAUGGCCAACCCAACACUACCGGACGAUCUCCUGAAAGAAGCCGUCCCGGGUAACAUCCGCAGAGCAGAACACUUCGUCGCCUUCCUCAAGCGAUUCAUCGAGUAUUUAAAGACGCGAAUGAAAGUUCUCUAUGUUAUUCAGGAAACACCGCCCUCGUUCCUCUCCCAUCUCAAAGAGUUGACAUUCAUCGAACGCAAACCGUUAAGGUUUUGUGCUGAACGAUUGACCUCUCUUGUACGCACCCUGGAGUUGACGAAUAUCGAGGACUAUCAGCCCCUGCAAGAAGUCGCAACGUUCGCCACAUUAGUCGCCACAUACGAGACUGGCUUUCUUCUGAUUCUGGAGCCAUUCGAAACAGAGCAAGCGACGGUGCCGAAUCCCAUACUUCACUUCGCUUGUCUUGACGCCUCCAUCGCCAUCAAACCGGUCUUUGAGCGAUUUUCCUCCGUCAUUGUCACGUCUGGAACCAUAUCACCUCUUGAGAUGUAUCCGAAAAUGUUAAAUUUCACAACUGUUACUCAGGAAUCCUAUCCCAUGUCACUGGCACGACGGUCCUUUCUACCUAUGAUUGUCACGCGUGGGUCGGAUCAACAAGCUAUCACGUCUGGCUUCCAAUCUCGAUCGGAUCCUGGUGUCGUCCGAAACUAUGGCGCGCUCUUGUUUGAGUUCGCCAAAAUCACACCGGAUGGAAUCGUGGUGUUCUUCCCUUCAUAUCUCUACAUGGAGAUGAUCAUCAGCAUGUGGCAAGGAAUGGGUAUCCUCGAUCAGAUCUGGACCUACAAGCUCCUACUCGUGGAAACUCCCGACGCUCAAGAAACCAGUCUGGCGCUCGAAACGUACCGUACAGCUUGCGAGAACGGUAAGGGAGCGAUCCUGCUCUGUGUCGCUCGUGGCAAAGUCUCCGAGGGUAUCGACUUUGAUCAUCACUAUGGCCGAACAGUGUUAUGCCUGGGGGCGCCUUUCCAAUACACUGAAUCACGAAUCCUCAAGGCCAGAUUGGAAUUUCUGCGUGAAAACUAUAGAAUCAAGGAGCAAGACUUUCUGUCCUUCGAUGCCAUGAGGCACGCUGCACAAUGCUUGGGUCGAGUGCUUCGAGGGAAGGAUGAUUACGGAAUCAUGGUGCUCGCUGACCGUCGAUUCCAAAAAAAACGCAGCCAAUUGCCCAGGUGGAUCGCUGAGGAAAUCCUAGAUGGCCAGACCGGUCUAAGUACCGACGCGGCUGUCGGCAUGGCCAAAAAAUUCCUGAGGAGCAUCGCGCAGCCACUACUGCCCGGUCAAAAGGCAGCAGAUGGCACCACCAAGGGCAAAGAUAGUUGGACGCUGCGUGAAUUGGAAGCUUUCCAGAGAGAGCAGGGACUCAAGAGGGGACAAGGAGAUGAAGGUCGCGAAGGACCUCAUUUUCACGACUAUAUGCACAGCGAAGUGAAUAACCCCACCGCCGCACAGAACGGUACCAAUGGCCACGCUUCUGGUCUAGAUGAAUUCGACGAGGAAAUUGCUGACGAAGAAUUGCUGAUGGCUGAAAGGAUGGAAAUCGGCUGA